AUGGAUGAAGUUGACAAAAUUAUUAUACAUUCAUUAAAACAAAUUGGAUGCAAACUAGAAACUGAUGAUAGUGACGUUUUCGGCUUGAACCAUUUUACACCAGACCUACUUGUGCGGUCAGUAUCAAGAUGUUUACAGGAAAUUAAGCCGGAUGUAGUUCUACCCAAAUCAUUGCCUGAAAAUAUGAAUAUGGCUCAAAGAUUUACCAUUGCAUCUACGCUGGCGGAGACGUGUAUUGCAUGUGGAUAUCGCGGUGACAUUGGAUAUCAGACGUUUCUCUAUCCGAAUGUUGUAGAUACCAGACGGCUGUUUAUGUUCCUAAUCGAACAAUUACCAAAACUAAAUGAUUCAUUGGAUGCAAUAGAGGGUGGAUCAGAACGAAAUGAAUACAAAAUAUUAUUGAAGGAAAUUAAAAAGAAUAUAUCUAGGGAAUUAAAAGCACCAUGGGUUCCGCAGUAUUGUCGUGGUUUAGCGAAUAGAAAAUCCGAUGGGAAUAGUAGUCUUACAGUCGACUUUUUACCCCACUUAAAUUUACACAUUCCACAAGUGGAGGGCGAUUUGCAGUCCAAGGAAUUUUAUCAAGCUCCAAAUAUAUUUCAACAGACCACAGCAGCUGAUUGUGAUCUGGUAAGUUCGGUUUUACAUAAAUGUGCCAUCGAUUUAUAUAGCCCAGCACAAAGUCUAGAUGGUGUACGUAUAACUGAUAUUAAUAAACCGGAUGCAAUAAUACCUUCAUUACAAGCCAUUGAUGUUAGCAGAACGGAAAACGUGGAAGAAGCUGAUCGCAAAACAGAAUCAAUACCGGCCACUCCUCUCCAGAAUCUUAUUAAAAAUGUUGAAGAGUUAAAACAAACUAAUGAAUCGUGUGUGCGGGAACUUCAAGCCUGCAAUGAAAAACUCAACAAUUUACGCCUAGAACGAACAAGCGUUGUAGCAGAAAUGGAAAACUUGCGAAAAGAUCAAAAAUUACAUGAACGAACAUGCGUUAUAUUGGAAAAUCCCAAUGAAAAUAUUACUAAACUAGAGGUGCUGAUAGAGAAAACUCGGGAAAGGCGCCUUACCGUAGAAAAUCAAUGGCAGGCACAUCGAGUACCAGCCCUCAAACAAAUUGACGAAUUGCAAAAGCUGAGACAAUCGAAAAACUUACAAAACAUCCAAGAGCUGCGGCAAGCUAUACAGGAGUAUGAAACGAGUUUAAAGGAUAAAACCAACAUUCACAUGCAACUAGCAGAGGAAUUAAAGAAACGAGCCGUGGGAAUUGCACCACGUAAAGAGUACACGCGACGAAUUUAUGAAUUUAUAGGCAACAUUCGUAAACAACGUAAUGAUAUUUAUAAAAUUCUCGAUGACACGCGAGAUCUCCAGAAACAACUAAACUCGGUAUCGGCCCAAUUGCAACGACAAUUUAACUAUACCGAUGAUUUGCUAUUUCAGAGUGCUAAAGUGCAUACGCACGCCAAACAAGCAUAUAAGCUAUUGGCUUCACUACACGCUUCUUGUAAUGAAAUAUGUGAUCUGGUAUCACGUACUGGCCAAACGACCAAAGAAAUACGAGACCUUGAGGUGCAAAUUGACCGGGAACAUAUGAAAAAUGUUGCAGCCAGUUUGGAGAAAAUCACGGGUGAUAUCAAACAAUUUGAAAUGAUUAGGCAAUCGGUGCAAAUUGAAGCGCCAAAUGAAAAAAUAGUGGAUCAUAUAUAA